AUUGCACGAUUUUAUCCAAUAAAGACGUACCUUGUAAAAGGUGGCAAACGCUAAAUCCAACGGAUCAACGGCCAACCCAAUGAAACAUCGUUACGAUGGCGCUUAUCAGAGUAUGCUCGACUUCCCGAAAUUUUAGAAUUUGAUUAAGCCUCUCUGCUCUGAAAUCCCCUAUUCCUAUUCUAGGGUUUCCUCCUCAGCUUCUGGUUCAUUAGCAUCUCAAGGUUGUUACCGUACAAACCAAGGUCCACAUUGGAUACUCAAUUGCUGGCUUGGGGUUCAUUAUCUCUAGAGCUAGUGGGAGCUUUAGAUCUUUUUCUAUCUUUUGUAUCUCAAAGAGAUUUACUAACAGGUUUUUGAGAUGAGCCUGGAUCGGGGCCGAAGCCCACCACGGGCGAAGAGGUUUCGAAGCAGUGAACGUGCAUCUUACCGUGAUGCUCCUUACCCAAGGGAUCGCCGUAUUAACCGGCAAGAUUAUCUGUGCAACAAGUGUAAACGACCUGGACAUUUUGCUAGAGAUUGUCCAAAUAUGACUGUAUGUAACAACUGCGGACUUCCUGGCCACAUUGCUGCUGAAUGCAACUCAUCAACCAUGUGUUGGAACUGUAAGGAGCCUGGACAUCUUGCGAACCAAUGCCCCAAUGAUCCAGUUUGCCAUAUGUGUGGCAAGGUGGGUCACCUUGCUCGUGAUUGCAUGAAUCCCGGUCUCCCAACUCACGAUGCAAGGCUCUGCAACAACUGCUACAAGCCAGGACACAUUGCUGCUGAUUGGUCCAAUGAGAAGGCCUGCAACAAUUGCCGUAAAACCGGUCACCUUGCUCGUGAGUGUCCCAAUGAACCUGUUUGCAACACCUGCAACAUAUCAGGUCACGUGGCCCGUCAGUGCCCCAAGUCAAGUCUGGCAUCUGAGAUGGGAGGUCCUUUUCGUGAUAUCGUCUGCCGUAGUUGUGGCGAGCUCGGCCAUAUCAGCCGUGACUGCGUUCCUAUUGUCAUCUGCAUCAACUGUGGUGGAAGGGGCCACCAAGCCUAUGAGUGCCCUUCUGCUCGAAUGUUUGACCGUGGCCUACUUAGGUAUUGACCGGACUGGGAUCCGUUGUGAUUAUGAAUUUACUGAUUAGAGCAAUAUGGGUCACCUCACUUUUGAGUUUUGAUUUAUCGAAGACUCUCGAGCACUCCUUUUCUAGUUUCUGUAGCAAUUUCUCGUAAUGAAACUAAUCAUGUCAGAGAUGAUUUUCGUUUUGGGUACUUAAACCCGUUCAGCAGUUGCCGGGACCGUCUUCCAAGCUUCACUGGAUUUGGAGUAGGCAACGAUUUGGCCAAGUCUGUGGUGGAUUGGCAAGACAUGGGUUCUCUCUCAUGUAGAAUUUCAUAUCAUGGUUAGCUUUUUUGUUGAGGCACCAGAGAGGGGAGAGGAUAUAAUAAUGGUGUUGAUAAUGUUAUCUGACAAUUAUGUUGUCAUACAUUUCAAAAAAACUUAAAAAAAAAAAUUAAAUGGUGUGACAGUUAAAUAUAACAUUAAAUCUUAAUUAUGAAAUGAUCUCAAUGAGCAUCCUUUCCCCCAGUGAAGCUAGUGCUUGCUCUACAUCUCUAGGCCCAUGGUAAUUUUGUGGGGAUCCGGAUUCUUGUCAGGAUUGAAUUAUAAGGUGCAAUUCGA